AUGAUGGAAGAUGGUCGAGCACCAACACCUCCUCUCCAAGCCCUCGAAUUCCUCGAACAAGACCUCGCCAGCCAGCGUCUGGACAAUGCCUCGCCUUACCUCUGGAUGGUCGGACGGCCCCUGCCUCCACGACCGUUAAACAAACAGCUCGUCCUGGACCGCAGAAUAAUCCCAACAACAGACGCCUCGCUCCACCUGGUCUGGACUUCACGCAAGAUCUUCGUCAAGCCUCUACCGGAAUGCAUGCUCUUGACUGCGCUCUACGAACAUCUGUACAUGAAGCCUUCGGACCUCCGCGGCCGGACUCUCGGCUUCCUUCACACGUAUACGGCUCUGGUGCCAACGAAGCUGGACUUCGACCUUGCGGUUGAGAAUAAGCUCAUGCCUUCGAGCUACGCGUGGAUGGACUGGAAGAAGCUGGUCGAAAGGAUACUGGAAGAUUACCCCGGGGACGACAUAUAUCCGCAUCUUGACCUUCGAUACGUGUAUGGCGAACUGCGUCUAAGCCGGCUGAACAAAAUAUAUCGCUUCAUACUCGGAGACUGGUUACAUGGGUAUUCGCCUUUGACAGGACACACACGCUACAUCGAUCUCGUCAUCGACCAUCUGAGCGUCAUAGCAGCCGGCACAGUCUACAUUGUGGUUGUCCUCAGUGCCAUGCAAGUCGUGCAAAGCACGAAGAUCUUGGCCACAAAUCACGCCUUUCAGAGGGCAUGCUACGGCUUUGCCGUCUUUUCCAUCAUCUCUCCAAUCCUCGCAUUCGCCUUGCUAGCAGCUAUACUCAUAGCGAUGUUCAUUGCCAACUUGCAAAGAACAUUGAAGAUGCAAGACAGGCGCUUUGAAGACCUUGGGCUUCGUAGGGCUUGA